CUUCAAUUUUUAUUUACUCAUACAAACAAAAAAUCAUUAUUGUAUUCAAUUUGAUAUAAUUAAAAAAUCACAAUACAAUUAACCGACAAAAAAUAAUGUCAAAACUACUGGUUAUCCUAUUGUUGGCCACACUGGCAGUGGUCAAUGUAUUGGCGGUCGCCGACUGUCCAGACGAUGGCUGUAAAUGUGGCCAAUGGGUUGGCCAGUUUUGCGGCAAACGGGCCAAUAAAGUGUACACUACAGACAAAAAAAUCACAUACGGACCGGUACUUAAAGGCAACGGAUGCAAACCCGAAGCUAUCUACCAGUGCGGCGCCAAUCAUGAAGAUUUUGAGGCCUCCUAUAACUCCCAGUGCUUUACAUGCGAUGCCGACGUAAACAAACCGGGAGUCGACCGGUGUGUCAACACUUUUAGAAACAAAGACCUGUAAAUCGGAGGACAAAAAAAACAAUUGACCGGAAAAAUGAAUUUUUCUAUAAAUUUCUUGUUUGAAUUAAUUUUUUUUUAAUUUAAUUAUUAUAAACAUUAUUAUUAUUGUAUAAAUUGAUAUAU